AUGACGAUGGAGAGGGUAUGUGGUACUUUUGCUUUGUACUCACUAUUGUGCAGGAAUGGAAAAGUUGGUUUGCUCCCUAAUAAUAAUAGCGAUAACAACGUUAUGCAAUAUGAUGAUGAAAGUCAUUCCGCAAACAAGGUCGAAUCAAGAGCUCGAAGGGCUAUCACGAAACAUAAGAGCAGUCAUUACUUGAUGCUGUUCUUGGCGCUGCUCGGCUCUUGCAUGAUAAUAGCCGACGCAGUUCUUACACCGGCUAUUUCUGUUUUAGCGGCUUCAUCCAGUCUUCAACGAUCAUUAACAGAUAAUAAAUAUUCAUCUUCCAAUGAAAGAGAUGAGUCAAUAACGAGAGAUUUCAAGAGAUAUGUACAUGUGCCUGUUGCAUGUGCCAUAUUGGUCUGCCUUUUCACAGUGCAACGCUACGGAAGUCGUAGAAUCGGGUUCAUAUUUGCUCCGAUAGUCAUAGUAUGGCUCUUGUUUAUUAGCGGAAUGGGUGUAUACAAUAUUUUACAGUAUGAUCCACAUAUCAUAUAUGCAAUCUCCCCAAAAUACAUUUACAGGUAUUUCAAAAGUAUUAACAUCAGUAGCUGGAGGUCAUUGGGCAGUCUCACUCUGUGUGUGGCAGGAUCGGAAGCAAUGUAUGCGGAUCUAGGUCAUUUCUCAGUGAAAUCGAUCAAGUUGACAUUUUUCUGCAUGAUUUACCCCGUUUUAAUUUUAUGUUAUGCGGGUCAAGCUGCAUUCCUUUCCCAUACACUCUCCGCAAAGAACUCAAACGGUCUUCCUGACGAAUAUAAUCACCUUUUUCGAUCCGUACCUGAUCAUUUUCAGCAUGUCUACACGGUUUUGGCUCUAUUUGCUUCGGUGAUCGGAAGCCAAGCGACAAUAACAGCAUGUUUUUCAAUUGUAAACCAGUGCCUAGCACUUGGUUGCUUCCCCAGAGUGAAAGUGAUUCAUACAUCAGAUACGAUACAUGGCCAGGUUUAUAUACCAGAUCUUAACUGGAUAGUAAUGGUUCUUAGCCUUGGUGUUACAAUAGGCUUCCAUGAUGCCCCGCGAAUUGGAAGUGCACUAGGCACGGCUGUGGUCUCUACCAUGCUGGUAACAACUGUUCUAAUGUCACUUGUGAUUUCCCUGUACUGGGAAAAGAGCUUGCUAGUGUCUGCUUGCUUCCUACUGUUUUUCGGGUCCAUAGAGGCUUUGUAUUUAUCAUGUAACAUAUUAAAUUUUCACAAGGGAACCUGGUAUCUGGCUGUUCUUUUGGUGCUAACCUUGACAAUCAUGGUUUCAUGGCAUUAUGGAACUUUGAAGAAAUAUCAAUUUGACUUGGAAAACAUGGUAUCGACGGAAUGGCUUAUGGAUCUCAGCUCGGGCCUCGGAGUUUCCAGGGUACCCGGAAUAGGCUUUGUCUACACCGACAUAGUAACCGGCAUCCCAGCUUUCUUCUCCCAUUUUAUCACAAACGUACCCGCCUUUCAUCAAGUGCUGAUUUUCGUGUCAUUCAAGUCACUGCCAGAGCCUUUCGUUCCCCCGAGUAGACGUUAUCUUAUAGGCAGAGUUGGGCCUCGAGCUAGUAGAAUCUACCGAUGCAUCGUAAGAUACGGAUACCGUGAUCAUGUCAGGGACACAGGGGACUUUGAGGAACAGAUCAUUCGCUCCAUCGGGGAUUUUAUUUCCAUGGAAGUACGUGAUGCCGAGUCCUUGGUGGCACCCGAAGGAACAAUGAUUGUUGUUGCAAAACAACCAGAAGGAGAUGGUUUGAUACCUUUACAUGAUAACCAAGGCACAAGCUCAGCCAAUGCAGCAACUCAAACCAACGGAAGCUCGUCCGGAGAUUCCAAAGGAAAGCAGAAAAAGGUACGGUUCAUGCUGCCGGUUGACAGCCCGCGAAUGCGUGUUUCGGUGAGGGAGGAGCUAAACGAACUGAUCGAGGCCAGGGAGAGCGGGACUGCAUAUUUCUUGGGUCAAUCACAUCUGGUGGUACGCAAUGGUUCCAACUUCAUCAAGCGAUUCCUCGUCAUGGUCUAUGUUUUCCUGGAUAAAAAUGGCAGAGAACCCCAUGUAGCAUUGAACAUCCCUCAUGCAGCUCUGGUGGAGGUUGGUAUGGUGUAUACGAUAUAAUUGUA